GAUAAGCCUCGCCAAAAUAAUUUCUCCCCUCGGUGCUUUCUGUGCCCUUUUUAAUUUUUCGCCGACUUUAGUUAUGUAAGAGAUUAAAUGUGUGGGUGAAGGUGGAGAUGUUUGGAGCGGACAGUCUGGUUAACUGGAAUUAGAGGCAGCCUGUGUAGACAGACAUACCAUCAUGUGGCUGCUGGCUGGAGGCUGAAAGCUGGGGAAGCUCCGACAGACCGAGCGUGUUACCGGGGCAGCUGGCUCCAAUGUCAAAAUGCCAACCUUUUCCGUCAUGUACAAAGGAGCUGUCAUCAUUAGCAGGACACUAAUGGGUCCAUACGGAGUUGAUAGAGCUGUUCAUUCCAUGGAGUUUACAGACUGUGAGAAUGGCCUGGGAAUUAAAGUAAUUGGUGGAGUGAAGGAGCUAACUGGAGAAGAGUUUGGAGUCUACGUCAAACGGAUUUUACCAGGUGGCCUUGCAUCAAGUGAUGGAAACCUGAUGCCAGGGGACCAGAUCUUGGAGGUGAAUGGAGACAGUCUAGUAGGAGUCACAAGUGAAAGAGCUGUGGACAUCCUGAGAGCAGCCUCUGCAACCAAUCACAUGCGCCUUCUCAUAGCCAGAGAUGAGGAAGCAAAGAGAGAAUUUGCUGAGUUACUGGAGAAGUAUGGAUCCAAUGGUAGCACAGGAUCAACACGCAACUCUCCCAUACAGCAAGGAGGCCGCUACCUGGAUAGUACAUCAUCUGGUUCCUCGUCUCGCUCCCAGAGUCCUUUGUUGUUGAGUCCAGCGGGCUCUCAGAACAUGUACAACAACGGUGGGCCAAUGCUGCGCUCUCUCAGUCAUCCAGGUGAAGGAGUGAUUCAGCUCAUCUCAGUGGCGCGAUCCAGCAGUUUAGGCAUCACCAUCGGAGGAGGUUCCAACAGGCCCGACGGUCCUGCUGUUUUCAUCCAGGAGGUGCUCUCUGGAGGAGACUGUCACCGGGAUGGACGUCUGAGGCCUGGAGAUCAGCUCAUAGCUGUUAACAAGGAGUCCUUGAUAGGUGUGACCCACGAGGAGGCCAAAAGCAUGCUGAACAAAGUCAAAUUAAGCCAAGACAGUGCUGUGGACAUAGCCUUCAUUCCAGGGAAAGGACUUUUUCCAAGCAGCACGUCUCUCCACAACGGGGUCCAGAGAGCCGCAGGCAACAGCUACAACUCUGGACGCCUAAAAGUCCACAUCAGAUCACCUGAGAUCUGUACAGAGGAGGCAGCCCCAGUGUCCUCACCUUCUCCUGACAUCUGCCCACCAGAUAUCCAUAUCUCAGGUUCAACCAGCCAGAGGUCGCCAACAGGCUCCAAACCGAAGAUAACACUGGACCCUUACAUACGCCUCAAAUCAGACAAGUUAGACUUGGCUCUGUCCUUUCUCGGGUUGGAUGUCACAGAGGAGAAGAGGAAGAAGUUGAGACAGAGUCUGACCACAGACCCACAAGGCACUGUGGCCUAUGGAGACUUCGUGGAGGCCACCCGGAACAUUUUCCAGGAGAACCUGGAGGAGCUGGGUUUAGGGACGGGACCCUUCAUGUUUUCCUAUCAUGAAGCAGCUAGUUUGAUGGACACGUCCGCAUUCCACUCCCCCACAUAUGAAUCAGAAUGCAGCUACAGCAGUGAGGAGAUGGAACAGUUUCAGACAGAGGUGAAGCAGCUGCAAACUCAGAUGAAACAGCUGAAGGUGAUGCUGAAGGACAUGGAGCAUAGCAAGAAAACCCUGGAGGAGGAGCUGCAGAAGACGUCAGAGAAAGCAUGUCUGACUGUGGAGGAGAACACCCGUCUGAAGAGUCGUCUGCAGGCAGCGGAGGCUGAGGCAGGCCAGCGGCAGGCCAGCAGUGCGGAGCAGGAUUACGAGGAGGUUAUACAGCUGUUGGAAGCUGAGAUCAGAGACCUGAAGAACCAGCUGGCCAGCAAGAGGCAAACACGAGGAAUGGAGUCCUCCAAGGAUGAGGUGCUGGAGCUGAACAAGAGACUGACAACUAUCGAUUGCCAGCUGAAGAAGUCUGAGCUGAGCAGGAAACACCUGGAGAUCUCCAACAAGAAGCUGCUGGGCUUUGCACAGAACGUCCACAAAGUGCUGACAACACCCAGCCUGUUUGGAGGAGAAGGCGGGAGCAACAGGUCAUCUCCUGCCACUGACAGCCCUGACACCCCGUCACCACUCCCUGAUCCCGCCUUCCAACUGGCUGUGGAGGCCAAAGAGCUGGUGGCAGGAGUCUGCACCCCCACUGCUGAUGACAGAGAGUCACCGAGUGCAUCAGAGGCAGCAUCAGUCCCAGAUGUUAACCCUCAUCAUAUGUGAGCAACAAAGAGCCAGAGAGGACUGUGAGAGGACCUGGGCAUGCUGAAGAGGCUGAAUCAGCAGCUGAACCCAUGAUGGAAGACAUCAUAGUCAACAGACUGGACACCAUCCAACACGCCUUCUCAAAAUAAUGAUAUCACUUCAAUCCAAUCAAAUCCUCAGUUGACAGAGACAGAUCAAACAUAACAUGUUUUAAUGCCAAAGUUUGCUCGCACACAUCAAAUUAGUGUCUUCUUUUGAAAUAUUCGACAAGUUUUUCUGGAGGGUUCAGCAGCAGCAAGGUGUGUUGCAGUCAGCUGUGACCCAAGGCCUCUCAUCAUUCGCCCAUAAUCUAUGUACAGAAGUCUCUAUGAGAAAUGCUCUGCCAAAUAAAAAGUCUGCUGGAAUUCUCUCUCUUGUUACUCAGACAGCAGGUGGUGUUGGAGGAGCUGCAUGACCAAGUCCACAACACACACAUGCUGCUGUAAACCUUGUUAAUACUCCUUCCUGACCACUUUUCUAACCCCUCACACACGCACACACACACACACACACAGUUUCACUCCCUGGAUUGCAUGUAUAGGAGGACUUGUUAGCUUGGAAAGAACAAUCCAGAGCUGGUCUGUUCAAUGAGUCUUCCUUUGUGUCAUAAUAACUCGCUGCCAUCUGCCUCCAUCACACAACGUCGCUUCUUUGCUCUGCCACAGGGCUUAUGAACUGUUGAGCAAAAGUAGAAAACAAACCAACAGUGUCCCUUUGUCCAUCUUGAUACCUCUCCUCGUGCCCUUAUUCAUUAAAGAAAGGCAAAGAAUGAAGUAUUCAGAGAUACUGGAGUGGAGCAGUGUUUGUCAUCUGUGGCUUUGUACUGCAUGAUUCAUAUUGAUGUGUCUCCUGCAUCCAGGAGUGGCUUUGAUGUCGCUGUAGCUCCUGCUGUGUAAACCUGUGUUUGGUAGUCACAGAGUCUAGGCAGCCAUAGGCUACACGUGGAACAUUCAUUUCAUUUAUAUGAACAGCUGCAAAUACUUUUAAAAAUACUGACAUGUCCUGUACUUCAACAAAAUUGCAUCUUUGGUGUGGCCUCAUAUCUUUCUGUUACUGUUUUAUAUUAAAGGACUAACUGCU